CUGUGGGACUGGGGGGGAAGAGGGAGGCGGCAGUGGGUGCUGGGCCUGGGGGCAGGAGGAGAAGGGAAGGAGAAGCAGGGGUGAAGAACAAAAUGAUCAAAAUAUCUAUCUGGGGUUUUACAGAAGAAGGAGAAGGAGUGUGAGGAUGAGUUGGGACACAUGAGGAGGAAGAGCAGGACGUGGAAGAAGCACAAGUUUCAGAGCAGGACGUGGAAGAAGCACAAGGUUCCUCCCUCGCUGAAUUUUCAUUCCCAAAUUUUUUCCAGAUGGAAGAGGAAGAGGAAAAGCCCCAGAGAUCCCGCACUCUCUGCAGGAGGGGCUGCAAACCCAGUCCAGGGAGCUGCGAGGAGGAAAGAUCCCCGAAGUGCCAGGAACACGGCCAGAGAUCCAGCCAGAGCUCAGAGCUGGGGGAGAAGCCCCACAAGUGCUUGGAAUGUGGGAAGGGCUUCAGAAAGAGCUCAAGGCUGAUCCGGCACCAGAGGAUCCACACUGGGGUAAAGCCCUACGAGUGUGGGAAAUGUGGGAAGAGCUUCACCAGCACGUCUUACCUGAUGCAACACCAGGUGAUCCACACGGGGGAACGGCCCUACACCUGCUUGGAAUGUGGGAAGAGCUUUGGGUGGAGCUCCAAUCUGAGGGAACACCAGCUCAUCCACACUGGGGAGAGGCCCUAUGAGUGUCCCGAGUGUGGGAAGAGGUUUCAGCGCAGCUCCCAUGUCCUCCAACAUGAGCAGAUUCACACAGACGAGAGGCCCUUCCGCUGCUCCAACUGCGGGAAGGGCUUCAAACGCAACUCCACCCUCACCAUCCACCGGCGCAUCCACAGUGGGGAGAGGCCCUAAGAGUGUCCCCAGUGUGGGAAGAGCUUCUCACAGAGCUGUAACUUGUCCCAACACCAACGGAGGCACCAGUAAGGGAAGCUCUGCGAGUGCCCCGAGUGCAGGAAGAGCUUCGUGCGCUGCUCCAGCUCCAUCCCCCAUGGGAGGAUCGGCAUUGGAUGAUCCCCAGUGACCCCCGUUGGGCAGAGCCCUGGUGAUCCGUGAUCCUGGUGAUCCAUGUUGGGAAGACACCUGGCUGGGAGGCUCCACAUCUUCCUGGCUCCCUGUGGGCACCUGGAUGAACACCGGAGCAGAAACAUCCAUUGGGACACAGACCAACAAUGGGAAUUCCUUGGGGGGAGUGGAUUUGUUGACUUUCAAUCCUCAAGAACCUUUUGCUGCAGCCUCAGGAGCUGUGUGUGCAGAGAAAAGGGGGUGACACUGGGCUUGGGGGCCCCGAGGGGAGUGCACACACUCUGGGUGAGGGAGACACAAUCCCCAGAACCCCCCCCUCACCUUCCUGCGCAGGCAGAAGCUGAACUCAAUUGCCAGGAAGACAAAGCCCAACACGGAGACUCCAAUCCCCAUCAGCAUCUUGCUGUGGGCAGCGUUUGACAGCAUCCCUGGGGGUCUGCAGGGGUCAGGACCCCCAAAACCUCUCACAGACCUCCCAAGCCCCUCCAAGGACCCUCCCAGUCUCCCCCAGCCCACCCAGGACCCUCUGAAACCUCCUUUGGAGUCACUAAUUGUAAACAAUUAAGAAUUUUAGAUAAAUUAGGGAUCUUGGCUAGAGAUAGGAUUUGCUGGAAUUAGUUAGAGUUAAUAAUUAAGUGAGAAGCAGGAUUUGAGAUAAUGAAUCUCGGACUGAGGUAAAAAAUUACUUUUCAUUGUAUGUUUGUUCAGCUGUGCUUAUAAUGAGAGAAGAGAAACUGAUAAACAGCUUCAGGAAGAUCAGAGACCUUACAUCUGGAAACCCAUUUAAAAGUCACAAGGGAGGAAACUGGAGUUGUACCAAAUGUCAUUUGUAAUGUCAACCAUUGUAAAGGUAGAAAGGUGAGAGUGAGGAAGAGCGGUUUUCCUUCAUCUCUUGAUGACCCCUCCUCGCCAAAACGACCCCCUCCUCAAAUUAGGGAGCCCACCACACAGGCAUAAUGACUUUUUAAAUCAUUACCGUGCAUUUUAAUCAAACCUGGGGAAUGGAAAGUGUUAGCAUUAUGAAUAUGUAUUCAUAUUUUGGAUAUUCAAGACUUUUGUAAAUAAAUAGACACUGGAA